AAUUUGCACAAAAUUUGAAAAGUAAAGAAAUUAAAAACUGUAAUAAUUGUAAACUCACAAAUUCAAAUUCAAGCCAGCGUUUAAUAUGUGUAAAGUCUGUUUGUAAAUGGAAAUUGUUCAUAGGUACAUACGAACAAAACAAGACUGCAUUAUAUCCAAAUGUGCAUUCGUACGUCUUUAAGCAAUAAGAUUCUAGUUUUUCUUCUUUGACUUUGCUAGUCGAAGAAAACUGUUGCGCAGAGCUCAGAAAGCUAAGUCGUUUGGAAAAGGUAAGCUGGGCUGAAAUGAGAGCGGUAAUAGCAUUUGCAUUUGUGCAGUCGAGUGAGCGAGUGCUGCAAUAAGAAAAGAUCAGCUUUAAAUAAUUUACGUAUACAAAAGUGAAAGAAUUAAAGUUUAGUUGAUUUCAAUUCAGAUGUCGAGGUAGUUGGACUAAACAAAGUGACUCAGUCGACAAAAACAGUUAAAAUUUCUGUGAAUUGCAACUUAAUCCAUAAAUUUUUGGCGUAUAUUGGUUGCAAAAUAUCACAAAUAUUAGAAUAUUAGGCCAUAGUAAUGGCUAUGAACAAUUUAUCAAUUGAUGGCGAGUUCCGUUACAUCAUACAGUGGUUUAACGAGUGGAGUGAGUUGCAACGCGAUGACUUUGUACCGGUGAUGUUAGAGUAUCUACAGCAGGGAGGCCCUAACGAGGUUUAUAUGAACGGCAUUGUAAAUUCUGUGUCCCAAAGCAGCAUUCAAGAUAAGCCAAUGAGUUUAUUCCAAUGCAGGAUAAAACUCUUCCGCGAGUGGAACAAAAAAUGGCCUGCAGAAUUAAAAUUGAAGUUGCAGGAAAAAGUUACCGAAAUAGAUUCGAAAGUGGGCGAAAAGAUCACAAACGAAAUUACGCCUAAUGCUAACGAACAUGUGAAUGGUUGUAACGGCGAUACAGUCGCGGCAGAAACAGGCGAUGAAGUUAAUGAAGAAAAUGCAGAGAAUAAAAUAACUCCUGAAGUAGUAGACGAAUCUAAUGAGGUUGCAGAGGUGUCAGGUAAUUUGGAGAGCCAUAUUGUAGAAGCACUAAAUAAUGAAACUCCAGUCGAUGACAAUAAUACGAAUGAAAACACAAAUCCUAUAUCAACCGUGGUCACAGAUACUGCUAUCGAAAAUUCUAUUAAUAAUGCACAGUUACUUUUGGAACCAGAUGAACAAGUUCAAAUACAAGCACAAAGUGCAUUAGAAGAAAAUAUAGCUGUAGUCGAUAGCAUUGCAACUACCACUGCCACUGUCGCAUAAAAGCAUCAAUUGAUCCAUAAAAAGAAAAGAAACAUCAAAUAGCAGUUAUUUACCGGCUUUAGCAUGGCUACUAAUAGUAAGCAAGAACAAAUAUGGAAUUAAUUAUCUACAUUCACAUCUCAUAUAAAAGACGAUAACUGGGCUAAUCGACUUUGAUUAUUCUGAAACAACUCAUUCAAUUACCGGUAUAGAUCAACGCAUUUAAGUGAAUAACUGAAUUAGAUUUACAAAGUAUGAAAUGAGAUGUGCUAAAAAAACUUCUGCAACAAUUGCAUUUAAUACAAAAUUUCCAA